AUGGAGUUGGUGCCCCAGCGCCAUGACCCGCCGGUCGAGGCGGCUCCGGCGGCCAUCACGCAAGAACACGAAGAGCCGAAGCCGCCGGUGAUUGAUCACGUGCAAGAGCCGCCACAGGUUGAUCCACCAGCUGACGAACCUGUGCAAGAACUACCCGCCGAAGAACGAGUGCAAGAGACGCCACCGGUUGAGCCGCCAGCUGAAGAACCACCCAGCCAAGAACCGGUGCAAGAGACGCCACCGGUUGAGCCAUCAGUUCCAGAACCAGCGCCCCCGCAGGUCGCUCCGCCGGCACCGCCGCCGCCGCCUGCUCCGACACCGACAGUCGCACUCGCACUCGCACAAGAGGAUCCUCCACACUACGAAUCUGACGGUGGGUCAUCGGGUGGCACCGGAGACGACUGGAACACGGGCGACGGUGCCAGGAGGAGGCGAGACCGGAGAGCGCGGCGGCGGCCACCUCGGCGAGGGAGGCGCCACGGCUUCCCGCUGGGCAUGGUGGCUGUCCCUGUGGUGAUCCUGCUCGUGGCCGCCGCCAGGAGCCGGCGGCAGGCGCAGUGA